AUAGCAGAGAUAACUGAUCUAUAAAAACGACUCUGUCGCAGACGAAACUCAGUGCAGACCUAGUCAUGUCCUUAAUCGCAUGUUUUACGCUCUCAGUGAUAUUAGUCACUGUGUUUUGUUUAUAUUGUAAGAAAAAGUAUAGUUAUUGGAGAGAAAAGGGGGUAAAGGGCCCAGUACCAUGGCCUGUAGUAGGUAAUUUUGGAAAUGUAAUAUUGCAAAAGGAGUCCCUUGACCAGUGCAUAAAGGAUAUUUAUUCCAAAUAUAAAGGAGAAAAACUAGUCGGUUUAUAUAGUGGAUUUAGACCAGUGGUAUUAAUUAGAGACCCGGAAUUGAUCAAACAUGUACUAAUCAGAGAUUUUGAUGUUUUUCAAGAGAGAGGUAAUAGUUCGAGAGGCAGUCGCCUAAGUGAUAAUCUGUUUAGUGCAAAUGGAGAAAAAUGGAAAAUAAUGAGACAAAAACUUACACCAGUGUUUACGACACGAAAACUUAAAGAAAUGGUACCGAACAUACAAAAAUGCAUUGCUAACUUUUUACAAUACGUAAAUAAUCUGGUUGAAAAGAAUAUUGAUCAUGAAAUAAGAGCAUUGACCGCCAAAUAUACUCUCGAAGUUAUCGGAUCAUGUGCUUUUGGAUUAGAUUUAAAAUUGUAUACCGAUGAAGAAAACAAGUUUAGUAGUAUGGCAAAACAAAUUUUUACUCCAACCUUUAGAUCAAGAUUAAUAGUGUUAUUAGAUAUGAUCAUUCCCGGUAUAAGAAAGAAGUUUAGUACACGCCCUGAAUUGCAAGAGUUUUUCGUUGAUCUCGUACGUAAAGUACAAAAGGAAAGAAAAGGAAGGCCACUCAGUCACAGAGACUUUAUGGAUCUUAUGAUUGAGUUAAAAGAGGAAGGGAAAAUUAGUAGAAAGUUAGAAGAUGGUAAAGUUGAAAUAGAAAUUGACGAUUACAUGGUGGCAGCGCAGGCUCUUGUAUUUUAUUCCGCUGGUUUCGAGACGUCUUCAGCCGCAAUGUCAUUUUUGAUUCAUGAGCUUGCGUUACAUACAGAUGUUCAAGACCGCCUUUAUAAAGAAAUUUGUGAAGUAUUAGAAAAGUACGAUGGAGAGAUAAAUUACGACUCUGUUAAGGAUAUGAAAUAUUUGGAAAUGGUGUUGGAUGAAACACUACGUAAACACUCUCUUGCAACUGUGCUUUUCCGGAAAUCCUCUUUAGCGUACACAUUUCCUGGUACAGAUGUGACAAUACCGAAAGAUACCUCUGUUAUGAUAUCAGCAAGUGGAUUAACAAAAGACCCUAAAUAUUUUAACAAUCCUAAUGAGUUUAAUCCAGAAAAUUUUAUGCCAGAAAAACUAAACAAUCUACCGCAGUGCGUUUACUUGCCAUUUGGUGAAGGCCCGCGCAAUUGCAUAGGUAUGCGAUUUGCCAAAGUGCAGUCGCUGUUAGGAACGGCAGCAUUCUUUAAGCAAUUCAAAGUAGAACCUUCAGAAAAAACCAAACAGGAACUGGUGAUGGAUCCGAAAGCAAUAGUUGUAACAUGCAAAGAAGGAAUAUGGGUGAAAAUUACAAAGAGAUAGACAUCUAUAUAUUUUAAUUAUUUCUAUGUUUCCCUAUUUGUUUAAUGCUAUUUGUUUAAUGUUUAAUAUAUAUAUAUAUAUAUAGUUCGUUCUGUAUAUCUAUAACUAUUUUGUUGUUUUCUUCAGAUUUCUACCUAAAUAAAUAGUAUUGCACGAUAAUACGGUAUGUUUACUGUGUCACGUCACGAACAAAUAUUACGUGACAAUGAAUAAACUAAAUUCAUUUGAAUUGUUUACAACUCCUCCAUAAUAAACAGUCAGUUUGUUUUAAUAUUACUAUCAGUAUUUACUUACUAGAUAAUUUACGUGUAUGCAUUUAAAUCGUAAUAGAAGAUUAGUGCUAUUUAAGAAUAUUGCAAUUCAAAAAAGAAUAAACAAAUAUAAGCAACCUACGAUUUUGAGUUGCUACUGCCACUGACCCCCUUGGAUCUCCACUAAAAUACUUUAUGAUAAAUAUUUGUAAUAAUAAAUAGAUAUACCCAAACCAAAGUCAUAUACAGUCAUGCAGCACAAAUAAAAUCAAAACACCAAUACGUGAAGCCAGGUGAUGGUGAUUUGCUAGACACCUUAGCAAAUCACCAUCACCAAUAAGUACUGGGCCCCAGAUUCUGAUCCGAGGUAUCAACAGCUGGUACGCGGGGAGAGACGCCAACAUAGGAAGAUACUCCCGAACCCAACGGCACCAGAAAUGAUCUGUUAGGCGAAAAGAUUUAUGCCAACUGUUCCUCUUAUACGGGUCCAUGUAACCGAGUGGGGAUGUACGGUUCUUUGAUUUUUUUAUGUUAAAAGGGUGGGAAACAGGAAUAAAUGGCCCGCCUGAUGGUAAACGGCCACCAUAGCCUAUAGAUGGUACAGGCUACUUUCCCAGAUGCCUGCGAUACAAAAAUAUCAGUCGUAAUUUAUCAAUAUACCAUUACCUAGCUUGACCAAAUCCCCUAACCACAUGGGGCCCAAGAACCCUUCUCACCGACAGAAACACAACACCACCAAAAGGUAGUGUUAUAUUACUGUAGUCUUCUAUAAGGAUGGAGCGCUUGUCUGGGGAACUAACUUCCAGUUCCCCAGACAAGCACUCCAAUGCAAGGGGAAAAUCCGCAAUGCCUUACCUCUCUUAAGAUUUUUAAAAUACCUUUGUCAGGCUUAGUAGGGCACAUAUAAAACAUUUUAGAUUGAAAACUUGUCUGUUUUUAUUUGCUAUCUUCUCAAUAAAUUAUAUCUGACAGUGUUCACAAAAAAUAUGAAAAAAAUCACACAAAUAUUAAGGCGAUCAUUUUAUCUGACACAUGGGUUGUUCAUAAUAAACUUACAGUUAAUUUAGUUUAACAAUUGGACGUAAAUUACCUACUCACUGAAAAGAAAAACUUUUUUAAUUAAAACGUCGAGUGCAGUUUUUCAGCAUAUGAUAAUCUUCAGUUUGCAUUGCAAAUUUUAUUUCCCCGCUUUAUGUGUAAGUGUGGUUCAUCAUUUGCAUUUACUCUGAAGUUCCAAUGUGAAUACCUAUUUAUGUACAAAAUUACACGCACGCACACAGUUAUUAUUUGAUUACUAUAAUAAUAUAAAGAGUGAACACUGAUAACCUUUCUGCAGCUUAUACAGAUAUGGUCAUGUCAGGUGUAAUAAUCACAAUGGUAUUAAUUGAUUUAUCUAUUGGAAGUUAACUGAAAUAUGCUACGUAACUAACUUUAUUAUGACGCUGAGGCAUAUCCUUUAAAUAAUAGGUGUUGCUGAUGGAUGAUGGAAACAUAAUAUCAUCAUUAUCGAUGAAUUGAGAUCUUAAGCCCACUGCUGAAUCUCCCCUAAAGAUUUCCUGGGGGAUUCAAUGGGUCGGUCGGAAUAUGAUAUUACUGCUUCAGCUUUCACAUUGGCUGGUCAUCGGAUGGGUGACCAAAACUGUAUUAUUUUGAGCUCAGCGUAGACCGUGGGUUCUAUGCAUUUGCAGUCGUUACCAGCUACCAUUCCGCACUGGGCUCGCGUGAAGGCUCAUGGCCCAAUCUCCCUAUUCCAUCCACAGGAAAGGCCUGUGCCCGGCAGUGGGGGCAUUGUAAGCUGAUAACGAUGAUGAAGUCUAUUGAAAAGAGCAUAGGUUUAUGUGGAGGCAGAAAAUCUAAGCGUUGAAUGUUCACAGAAAUAAUCAUUGCUAUUAAUGACUAAAGGAUUUUUACAAUAAAUUAUGAGUAAGUUUCAAUUUAUCUUUGUAAUAAUAACAAUAAUCAUUUAUUUCAGAUAAUUAUAAUAGAAUUAUAAUCCAUAGUUAUUAAUACAAGUUAGUAACAAUGUUGGACUUAUCCUAUGUUAGUAGUAUUAGUAUAUUAAAUAAUCAUUCAUUACCUACUAAAUUCAGUUAACAAUUAACAGAUAUAGAUACGACAUUAUUCAUUGAUGUUAAGUAUGUUGGUGCACCCAGCGCUUAAACAUUGGACUGUCCCAGCGUGCCACCAAUGUUCUCAGGAUGCCGUUGGAGCUGGCGCGCAGUCGCCCCAGCAUAGAUGCACACCCAUUUCUUUUUAUCGCGUGAAAUCCAUCUAUCUGUGACUGUGCAAACAUGCCUGAAGCACUACAAAAGCGUGGCAGCCCCAUCAGCACCCUGAAUGCAUUGUUGUUCUGCACACGCAAGUCGCUGUAUGCCCUCUGCGUAUAGUCCACCCACAGGCUGCAUGUGUAAAAAGACUAACAAUGGUGUCGAUUCUGGCAGGAUUCUCUAAACUUAAAACUAAAUUUGAUAUCAGUCUCUCCUUUUCAUUCUGUGUAGAGAAUGACAAGGAUGCACUGUUGCCAAAUUUAAGUUUAGGUUUAGAGAAUCACGCAAGAAUCGACACCAAUAUGCUUUAAAUAUUGUGACUUUAACCUGAUUAGAACAAUGUACGAACCUGCGGGCGAUCAUAUUGCAUCGGACAGCUAACGACCUGCGUUCCCGAUUUAUGUCCAAAUUGUCAUUUAAAUUCGACGUGAUCCAGUGAUCCAGGUAUUUAAACUCCUCAACUCUGUUCAACGGUGACCCGUCAAGUGAAACAUUUAAAACUAAAGAAUAAUAUUUGUUUCUUAGGUUUCCACGCACAUGACUCAUUAAAUAAAACUAGUUUUUCACGGGUUAAUGCACGUAACUUUAUUUAAUUAUUGACGUUUCGCAGCCUUUACGGGCUGCGUCGUCGGAAUAAAUGUUUUAUUUAAUUUUGUCGAGCUACCUUCGAAAGACUUUUAUUGAGCGUUCGGUUAUUUCAUUGUUCGAUUUUUAAAGUUUUAUUGUCUAUGUAUGAAUUUAUUACUUAAUUUAGUUAAUAAAG